UAUUGAAUCUUGGGGAAAAGAGGUGAGAUUUAUUAUGAUCAACGUUUGUAUAUAUUUCAAAAAAAAAAUAGGAAAUUGAAUUACGUCAGUAUGACUCUACGGUGUGGGUUUGUACUGCAAGUCAAGGGAGUUCAAUGGAUAGUGUGAAUAAGAAAUGUUUUUGGAAAUUGUUUGGUUAUAUUAAUGGAAAAAAUUCAGAAAAGGUUAACAUACCAAUGACUGCUCCAGUUACUAUCGAAAGUAAACCAGAUGAUGAGUCUGUUAUGAAAAGAAAUUUUAAAAUGGGUUUCUAUAUCCCUGAACAAUUCAAAUCGAAUCCACCUAAUCCAACUGAAGAAGGAGUAUUUAUUGAGAAAAGACCACCGAUGAAGUUAUACUGCCGCAGGUACAAAGGAUUUUCAAAUUAUGGUAAAGUAUUGAGAAAUGCACGUGAACUUGGUGAAAAUUUAGAUAAACUCAAGUUAAAGUAUACACCGGAUCCAUUCUAUUUUGCUGGUUAUGAUUCACCAUUCAACUUAAUAAAUCGUCGAAAUGAAGUAUGGUUUAAAGCUGAUUGAAUUGAUGUAUAUAGAUGUGUGGUGGUGAUGGGGGGGGGAUACACAUGAAAUUCUGGUUCGGCUUUCUUUUCGCUUACUUUAUCUAAAGCUUCUCAGGGAUAUAUAUAUAAGUUUAUAGUUUUACAUAAUUUUGUUUUUCUAUCCAUUUUAUUAGAUUGAAUACAAUCGUGUUACUUUUUUUUUUUUUUCUAAAGAAAAGUUUUUAUUGUCAUUUCACUUCCUUUUUAUUAUUUCUCAGCGUAAAGUACAUUACUAUUAUCUUCUAUAUUGUUGUAGCAUAUCAUAUUCAUUGCAUCAUAUGAUUAUUUUAUAGUUGGGUUCACGUAUAAUAUAUAAUCUCAUCCAUAUAUCUAUCUGUCUACUUUGUGUACUCUUCUCAAGCACCUGAAUUGUGUUCUCUGUGAUCAUUUGACUUGGUUGUUUUAAAUUAUGUGUAGUUAUGCCUAGUCAUUCUACUAUUAUUAUUAUUAUUAUUAUUAUUAUUACCAUUAUUAUCAUUGUCAUUAGUAGUAGUAGUAGUGCUUGCAUUACUAUUCUUGGUGUUUUAUUAAUGUAAAACUGAGAUAUGUGAAUGAAUUGAGAAUGUGGAUCUGGUUAAUUCAAUUGAGUAACUAGUCAUGAAUUUGCAUAGAUUGAAGCUUCGAUUUUACUAAUCUUGAUUAGUAAUCAACCUAAUUAAGAAAAAAAGAUAUUCAAUAAAGAGACUCUUUUUUCAA